AUGGUGUUUCGGAAUCAAGAACUGCCUUUGGAACUGCAGCGAACACAUCGAGCGAUUGCUGACACGGCUUUUCCUGUGUGGAACCAGCAGUCCUGUGCAUCAAGCGAAGGUCUGCGGUUCUUGAACGUGUGCGCACGCUGCAACUUGCCGUCAGCAGUGGCAUCGCAAUGCGAGAUCCAUCGUGAAAAUUGCGCUACACGUGAGGCCAAGGACGCGGUCGUCAGUCUGACUGAUCGCGAGCAAGUGUCACGAACAAGCUGGCACAACACACAAAGCAUACUCACUGCAGACGCGGUAGAUAAAUUGCGUGCCGGUGUCACCUACUCAUCCAUCGACUGCUCAACAGCGAUAGAGGGUAUCGAUUUUGUAUAG